CGCAUUCCUCCCUCCGCCCCCGAGAGUUCCCAAGCCCUUUGAGUGGCGAGAGGAGAUAGAAAAAAAACGAAAAAUGGACGGAAGAAGACCACCGACAGAAGCCAACCAACAUGUCGCCAUGGAGAUCAAUACGCCAUGGUUGGAAUCUAUCAAAUAUAGAGCGGGCAUGUCCAUGCACAGAAAACCCCCGGCCGAGCCAACCAUCUUUAGAGUCCCUCCGGACAUGCGAUGUGGCAAUCGGGGUGCCUACGAGCCAAAACUGGUCUCCAUCGGCCCCUACCAUCGUGGCAAGUCCGAGGACUUGAAGGCCAUGGAGGAGCUCAAGUGGCGGCUACUACACCACUACCUCUCCAAAGUUCCGGAUGGGAGCAGGAACGAGGGCUUAAGAAAGAUGAAGGAUUUGGAGGUGGCGGCCCGGAACUGCUACUCGGAGGUGAUCGACUUGGAUAGCAAUCAGUUUGUGGAGAUGCUGCUGCUUGAUGGAUGUUUCCUCAUUCAAAUAUUUAUUACUUACCAUGCCAUUGCGAAUACAGAUGAAAGUACUUAUGAUGGUAAUGAUCUGCAAGCGGAGGAGCUCAUAUCGCUGCAAAAAGAUAACAAGUGGUUUUUAGACCUCAUCCCCCAAGACUUGCUGCUGCUCGAAAAUCAACUUCCAUAUUUCAUUGUCGAGCAUCUCCUCGAUACGCUGGUGAUGCCAGGGUGGAAUAGCUCCCGCCUUCAACAAGUUGCCAUCUCGUUGUUCGCUGAUCUUGUACCACAGUAUUUUCAAGAUCAACAGCCAACGCUGCCCGACCAAGGCUUCCAGGUGGAUCAUUUACUCCACUUGUUCCACAAAUGGAUCUUGAGUGUUCCAAAGUUAGGGAAGGCGAGAAACACAAGAAGCUGCACUAAGCUGUUGUCGUGGUGUUGCAAUUCCUCGCUUUCAGAAGGACUCCCGUGUUUCACUGAAAAAAACGAAAGACUCCCACCGACAGUCCCCACCGCAACUGAACUUGCAGAGGCGAGAAACACAAGAAGCUGCACUAAGCUGUUGUCGUGGUGUUGCAAUUCCUCGCUUUCAGUAGGACUCCCGUGUUUCACUGAAAAAAACGAAAGACUCCCACCGACUGUCCCCACCGCAACUGAACUUGCAGAGGCGAGAAACACAAGAAGCUGCACAAAGCUGUUGUCGUGGUGUUGCAAUUCCUUGCUUUCAGAAGGACUCCCGUGUUUCACUGAAAAAAACGAAAGGCUCCCACCGACUGUCCCCACCGCAACUGAACUUGCAGAGGCUGGAGUAGAGAUCAAGGUGAGGAAAUUCCCGGCCAGGAACGGAGCAUUCCCGGCCAUUGAGAUUGAUGAUCAAACAAUUAGCUUUCUAGACAUUUCAUUCUGUAAAGAUAGGGGGGUGUUGGAAAUCCCGGCCAUUGAGAUUGAUGAUCGAACAAACAUGGUUUUAGCAAACCUCACUGCUUUGGAGCAAUGUUGCCUUAGACACAAGAUGGACAUCACUCAUUAUACCUUGUUCUUGGAUGACAUCAUCAACACCCCAAGAGAUGUGCAGUUGCUCCACCAGGAAGGGAUCAUUUACCGAAGUCUCGGUGCCGACGAGGACAUUGCGUCUCUCUUCAACAAACUAGGCAGUGGUGUUAAUUAUGAUCCACAACAAAACUACCUUCAGGGUGUGUACGAAGACUUGAAUGCUUAUUGCCAGUCGAGAUGCCAUAGGUGGCGCGCCAAAGCUGUGCGUGACUAUUUCGGGAAUCCAUGGGCGAUCAUUUCAUUAGGGGCAGCUGUUCUGCUCCUCGGACUCACUAUUCUCCAAUCAGUCUACGGUGUUUUAGAUUACUACAAAAUGUGAGCAGCCGUGAUGGUUGUAAUCCUCGACAUGGCAUGGCUAAGUUCUGCAUUUGAAUCCUGUUCUUCUUGUAGACUCUCUGCAUCGUCGUUGUGCCGGUGUCUGAUUUUCGUUGUUGUUGUAGCGUGAUUGGUUUAGUCUCUCCUUUGGCUUUUGUGUUUAUAAGGCUUAUACAGUUAAACCUUUCGAUUAAAAUUACCAAGGCCAGGCCAAGUAUGAGUGUACUUGGGGUUACAUAAUUAAUGUAUAUGGGAAUUCAUGUUGUGUUACUAAGUAGGUUAUGUUAUGACGUAUGUAAUUAUGUAUUGCUGGUUAUUUAAGUAACUUUGGAACCUA